UUAUACAUCGAUAAUUUCUAGAAGUUUACAAAUACGAGGAGACAUUAAAGAAGUCGCUUGCAACCAAAAUGGAGAUAAGCAAAUCCACGACGAAAGAAACUGAGAAACUGUUCUUUCCGGAUACGGUGGGCGAUAUUACCAACAGCUGUCAAUUAUGCAUAAACCCUUCCGAUGGAAUUCGAAUUUUGGAGGAAAAGACGGACGAUCUUGCUUCCCAACAUCCGCCUCCAGAAUGUUUCAGCAACGAUUAUAAACUGUUUUCGUCAAGUAAGUCGGGAGAUAAAGUAGAAGGACUUGGGGACCACGGAACGAUCCAAGAUGGCAAACAGCAUGGGCAGUACGCUACAACAGAAGUAUGCCCAACUCCAAGGAUGGUCGAAAAAAAGUCCAGACUCACAGAUUUGGUAAAGAACUCUCCCCAAGUCAUAUCGGAAUACCUCAAGGCGGACGAAGACACCAAAAAGAAGCAGGACGAAUGGGAAAGAAUGCAGGAAUCAGUCUUGCGUGUCAUUGAAUUGGAAUGUAUCAAACCAGGAGAAGAGCCGAAAGUGGUACCACCACAGAAGUAUGAACCUGAAAAAAUUGCCCUGCCCGAAGACGGUAAUGAAGACGAUUUACUAAGCAUUCCUCCAAAAGAAGAAAACAUGGAAGAUGUAGAUCUGAAUAGAGCAAGUACCAGCAGCGACAACAAGCCCGAAGAGAUAAUGGGCGAUGUGUGUACCAUAAUGUCUUGUCCCAGAAGAAAGAAAGAUACAUGCUCCAAACCAGAAUCGACCGGAAGUUUGCAGAAAGACAAGCGGAAGAAAGCGAGUUUCUUAACUAAAUUCUUCAAUUUCUUUAGAAAGGGCAAAAAUUCAUCCCAAAAGGAUGUGCGCGAAGACUACAAAUAACUCUUAAGAUGUUAUUUUAAUGACUUUUAAUCCGGUCUAAUGAACUUAUAUGCGUACAUGACAUUGUAUAUUUUAUAUAGAAUUUUUAACUGUUGAUAGUAAAUUGACAUAUACCAAAUUAAUGUGA